UGGUCGUUCUCAGGCUUCUCUUUACACGUAUCGGCAGUUGUCAUUUCUCGAACUUUGUGUAAACACGUGUCCUGAGAAGCGAGAGAGCUUCUAUCAAUUUCGAAGACCACUUUUAUAUAUCACGUUUGCAUUUUUUAAUCAUAUAAGAUGUAUGACAUAUGUCAUCCUGUAUAUUAUGAACUAUACAAACUUGGCUGUAGUGAUCCAGUGAAAACAAGUAUUGCCUUUUAUGUCUAUAUUGAAUUGUGUGAAGUGAAGCGAUUUCAAGAUGUCAAUUACAAAUACAACGAGGAACUUGAUUUGUUCUAUUUUGAAGUUAAGAAGAAUAAGAAUUCUUCGCUUGAGAUCUAUAUACCUUGGGCCAGCAAAAAUAAUAUUUCCUUUAGCAAGAUUGAAAAGAUGCAAGAUGUGUUGCAAAAUGAACGAUUGACAUUUGUCUUCAAAUCUGAAGACAGCAGCAGUGUUUUUUACACAAUAAAUAAAGGUUUGAUGAAGCCAGCGUCACCUGAAACAGCUAGACGACGGAGGGAAAAAGAAGAAAAUAAAUCUAACUUAGAAACGGAAAUUCGUAAGAAUACAUCACAUUUGUAUGAAUUAGCAAAAAGUCUUAGUGAAAGUAGCGAUCUAAGUUGCAAUGCUAAUUCAGAUGUUAGUACAGAAUCUAUAAAACUGAUAGAUAUCGAUUCCACUAAAAAACAUGAAAAUAGUGAUAUCACUGCAGAACCAAGGAGUGCUGAUUCCUAAAUAUUAUUUCAAUUUAGAAAAAAGGACGAUUUUUUCGUUAUAUAAGAACAAUAAAUAUAAUAGUUACAAAUAUGUUAUAGUUAUAUAAUAGUUAAAUAUAUAGUUAUAAAUUUAAUAGUUUCUGUGACAUAUGUGAUGAUUAUCAUUUCAUUCGUAGUAAGAUAAUAAGCUGUUUGAAUAAUAAUGAUAUGUGGAUGGUGUAUAUUGGACAUAAGGUACAUAGUUUUUAAUAUUUAUUCUUUUAAAGUAAUUUUUAUAUAUGCGUGUAUAUAUAAUAUGAAUUUUGAGAAUACUUCUAAGGAUUGCAUAAAUUGUUUAAAGUGAUAUGUAAUAAGCUGCCACUGCAAAUAUAUCUGCAUUAAAUAAAUUAAUUCUUACAAG